AUGAGACCACUACACGAGACCACUACACCAAAGACUUUUAAUGACACAAUCCAUCGCUCAAAGACACUCAAGACACAACAAAACAGCCGCUCCAAAUAUCCAUCUCAUGCCGCCCUCGCCGCCUCUCCCAGAUAUUCUCCCACCUCCAGCUUCGGAAAGACUCCCACCGCCAUAAUGCUCACCCGGCGCUUCAAUCGAUCAAUCAACUCCCUCCAAUCCCUCACAUCCGCACCACCCAUCUCCAAGCGCCUCCCCAGCAAAUACCGCGCCUCCUCAAGAUUCCGCUCCAGCGCCUUAGUCACCGCGAAAACCAUCUCCCGCGUCAUGUCGCACGGCCUCAGCGCCCCCCAGAAAAGCCACCCAGCGAUGGUACACCCAGAAGUUGACGCAGUCCUCCGUCUUCAUCUCGCACGGGUGCUUUACAGGAAACUCCUCGCCAAUCUCCCGGUCCAGGCCUCUCUCAUCGGCACCUUGACGCACCACUACGACACGGCCAGCAUCACCGACAUUGCCCGGCGCGCUGCUGUACUUUGUCUCGCGACGCUCCCACCCGUCCGCCAUCACUUGAGGGAAUAUCCAGCGGCAGGCCAUCGGCCCGUUGUACCUGCAGCGCGGUUCGACGUUGCAAAGAAUGGACGAGCCGUGGAAGAGGAGUAG